CCUCUGAUUCAUUGUUAAACUCUUUGAUUGCGGUAGAAAAGAGAAACUUUCAUCAUCACCAUAUGAGUCACUUCAGCAAUCAGCAAGAAGCCCCUGCACUAUCAUAUCCCCCAACAAUGGCAUCAUAUCCACCACAAGGUAAGGCCUAUCCUUCAGCUCCAUAUGUUACUGCCCCCCCACCAAUGGGUUAUCCUUCCAAGGAUGGUCCUACAGCCGAAGGGUACCCCCAAAAAAGAAUUCCAGAGCAAACCACAAGCAGGGGUGAUGGUUUUUGGAAAGGAUGUUGUGCUGCUUUAUGUUGCUGCUGGAUCCUGGAUUGUUGCUUCUAAUUGGAUCAUAGCAUAGAUUUGUAUUUAUCAUUUUUUUCACCU